AUGGAAAAACAAUUCAGCCAUGUGGAGAGGUACGGAUACAUCAUAUCCGAGAUUAAUGGAAAAAAGGAGGAGAUGCUAAAGGAAGAGGACUACAACGCCCUCAAGAGAUGCGAGAAUCUCGAGGAGGUGGCCAUCAAGCUGUCCAAGACGUACCGCAGCCUUUCGGAGGGCAUUGCAUAUACAAAGCCUGAGCUAAAGAAAAGACUGCUGGAGACUCUAAAGGCAGACUUUGACCACUAUCGCGAUGUCGAAGAUAAGGGCAUAAGAACAAUUCUAGACUAUUACAUGGACUUCCACAAGAUCCAGAACUUCUUCUAUCUUCUGCAGUGCAAGCUCCAGGAUCCAAACCUUGGCAGGAGCUUCGAGAAGAUCGAGAUAGGAGACUUCAGUGCGCUGAGGACAAUCAAGUUCUCAAACAACAUGGACGACGUCCAGAGAUACUGCAUGGAAAACAGCUUUCUGAAGAAGUUUGAGGAGAGAGUCAGGUUUAAGAAAGAGUUCUCUGCAAACAACUUCCAGGUUCUGCAGACACUGUUUUUCAAGUUCCACAUCGAGGAGACGUAUAGGAACCUCAAUGACGACAUGGAGCAUAUGAGGGAGAUACUGAGGCUGGAGGGAGACAGACAGAUAAUAGAGAUCGCGAUGAACACGCUUAACUCGAAGGACUUGGUGGGCAGAAAGAGAAUGAGUCUGUUCCCUGACGUCCACUCCAUGGAUCUUAGGACAAGGGAGCUUCUGUCGCACGUCGAGGGCCUGGAGGAUAUGAAGUCUGUUCUAAGCACAAGAUACAACUUUGAUAAGGACAUCUCCAACGUCCUUAUAAGAGCUGAACUCCAAAAAUACCAGGAGUCGUUCAGCAUGUACGGCGAUCUGAGCUGUGUAUACUCGUACUUCAAGAUCAAGGAGCAGGAGAUAAAGAACAUCCUGUGGGUUGCAGAAUGCAUUAUACAGAAUAGGCGUGAUGCAAUGGACCACCUGUUUGUAGUCUGA